AUGGAUGGUUUGACGCGGACUGAUGAACUUGUUUUUGUUUUGGCGGCAACAAACCUACCUUGGGAAUUGGAUGCGGCCAUGCUUCGUCGCCUUGAAAAGCGGAUCCUGGUACCCCUGCCGGAACCUGAAGCAAGAAGAGCCAUGUUUGAGGAACUGUUGCCAUCAGUACCUGGUGAAGAUAAACUUCCAUACGAUUUAUUGAUGGAAAGGACAAAUGGUUAUUCAGGUUCUGAUAUUCGUUUGGUUUGCAAAGAGGCUGCCAUGCAGCCCCUGAGACGGUUAAUGGGACUUCUUGAAGAAAAGCAAGAAUUGGUGCCUGAGGAUGAUGUGAUUUUUGUUGUUUCCAUUAUUGUAAAAGACAUCCAAAGGCCAUGA